AUGAUGUCUCGAGCAGCGGUCCCCUCGACCUCCACUCUCGCCCACAUCUCCCAUCGGGCCGCCGCCCUCCCCUCGACGUCUGCUGCCCGCUUGUCAACUGCGACGACAACCCGUACCUUCGCUACCGUUCAAGAUGGAGCUGCCCCGAAGAGAACAUAUGGCGGAUUGAAGGACCAGGACCGUAUUUUCACAAAUUUGUAUGGUCACCAUGGUACCGACCUCAAGUCGGCGAUGAAGUAUGGCGAUUGGUACAAGACGAAGGAUAUGAUUCUCAAGGGUCAUGAUUGGCUCAUCUCUGAAAUCAAAGCCUCUGGUCUUCGUGGUCGUGGUGGUGCUGGUUUCCCUUCUGGACUUAAAUACUCUUUCAUGAACUUCAAAGACUGGGACAAAGAUCCCCGACCACGAUAUCUCGUUGUCAACGCCGAUGAGGGUGAACCCGGAACCUGCAAAGAUCGUGAAAUUAUGCGCAAGGACCCCCAGAAACUUAUCGAGGGAUGCUUGGUUGUCGGUCGGGCCAUGAACGCUACCGCCGCUUAUAUCUAUAUCCGUGGUGAAUUCUACGAGGAGGCUACCACUCUUCAGCGUGCUAUACACGAGGCUUACCAGGCUGGUUUGAUUGGCAAGAACGCUUGUGGAUCUGGCUACGACUUUGAUGUCUACAUUCACCGUGGUGCCGGUGCCUACGUCUGCGGUGAGGAGACUUCGCUCAUUGAAUCUCUUGAAGGAAAGGCUGGAAAGCCUCGUCUCAAGCCACCUUUCCCUGCUGCUGUUGGUUUGUUUGGUUGCCCCAGUACCGUCACCAACGUUGAGACCGUCGCUGUUGUUCCUACUAUUAUGCGUCGCGGUGGCAGCUGGUUUGCCGGUUUCGGUCGUGAGCGUAACCAGGGUACCAAGCUCUUCUGUAUUUCGGGACAUGUCAACAACCCUUGCACCGUUGAGGAAGAGAUGUCUAUCCCUCUCCGUGAGUUGAUUGACCGCCACUGUGGUGGUGUUCGUGGUGGAUGGGACAACCUCUUGGCUGUCAUCCCCGGUGGUUCAUCCACCCCUAUCUUGCCCAAGAGCAUCUGUGACGACCAAUUGAUGGACUUUGACGCUCUCAAGGACUCCCAGAGUGGUCUCGGAACUGCUGCCGUCAUUGUCAUGGACAAGUCUACUGAUGUCGUUCGCGCCAUCUCCCGUCUGUCUCACUUCUACCGCCACGAAAGUUGCGGACAAUGCACACCCUGCCGUGAAGGUAGCAAAUGGACACAACAAAUCAUGCACCGAAUGGAGCACGGCCAAGCCCGCGAGCGUGAAAUCGACAUGCUCCAGGAACUCACCAAGCAGGUUGAGGGACAUACCAUCUGUGCUUUGGGUGAGGCCUUUGCCUGGCCUAUCCAGGGUUUGAUUCGACACUUCCGCCCUGAGCUCGAGGCUCGCAUCAAACAGUACGAGAAGGAGCAUGGCAAGCAGCCUUUCGCUGGCGGUUGGGCUCCUGAGAGUCGGGAGGAGGGCAAGCUUAUUGCGCCUGGUCAAUAG